AUGGACAAGCUGACCGAGCAAUCAGGCCAAAACAGAGCCAGGCGAGGUGCGUUUUCUGGACCUUCAAGUUCAGCAGCAGCAGAAACAACGACACCAACGCCAACAACGCCAAAUACCCCAUUGCCAUCUCACACGCAAGCACAGCCCUCCCACAGCACAUUUCAUUCAUCGCAUCAUGAGGAGGUUACCGCGUACGUUGCACAAUAUAGAGAUGCAACCAAUGGCCCUCAUGACGAGGUCGAGUACCACCCUUUUACCGCCCACGACCCCCUCUACUACCACCCUCGAUAUCGCAAAGUCGUGACCUGGAGGCAGCCAACAGCAACCGUCAUCCCCGCUGAUGAUCCGAUUCCCCUGUCAGACCUCCCUCAGGAGACUCGCGCUCCUCCUCCUACUCCUCCUCCUCCUCCUCCUCCUCCCCCAUCUCCUCCCCCAUCUCCUCCCCCCAUCCCCACGGAUGCUAAGUUGAUGCCUCCGCCUCCUUUCCCCCGCCGUCUCCGUUCCCAGUCCCCGCAGCCCCCUUCCAUCCUGAAACCCCCAACCAGGACCGACAGGGAGACCCUGCAGAGCAAUCUCUGGGCCAUGAUGAAGCUCGCCGAUCGCGAGCUCACCGCAUGCCAUGAAAUCCUGGAGGCCACGAGUCAGCAGUGCCUGCAGCAUCUCUUUGAGAUCGACGAAGGCUUGAAAUACCUCGAUGCGCUGUUCCAGGAGGACGAGCGGCAGGCGGACAUGCUGCGACGGUAUGGGAGACACCACGAGCGCUCCGCUCAUUGCCUGGCGAAUGGGGAUGUUCAUUUCUACGCGUAUCGGUACGGCCGCGGUCGUGGGCCCAGAAGCACUCGGACUGAGCGAAGGACUGCAGGUUUCAGUUCAACCUAUCGUGGUGGCGGUCCUCAUGAUUGGCAGAAUCGCCUACGCGGCUUUGACCGUACCGUUGUCAGUGGACGGGUGGAAAAGAUGGGGAAGAAGUCGGACAGUAUGACUGGGAUUGCGGCUCGGAUCAAGCUUGGGUACGAGGACUUGAAGAACCACCCUCCUCGCCGUAGACGAGAGGGCGUCGAGGACGAGAAUUGGGGCGGGAACGAAGGUGAGGAAAUAGAGAUUGAGACAGAGGAUGCGGACGACGACGAUGAUGAAAAUUACUAUGAUGAGGACGACAACGAGGAUUGA